AUGCUUUUCCUCCCAGCUGCUGCUCUGUGCUGCCUGUGUUCAGCGCUGGUUGCCAUGGCAGCACAGCUGAUUCAGGAGGAUUUAACAUUGACCAGGAGAGCUGGUCAAACAGUCUCCUUCAGCUGUGGAGAAACUGACCAGUGUGAAAGUCAUUAUGUAUAUUGGUUCCAGAAGAAAGACGCAGAAACAUUCUCAAGGAUUCUUGGUAUUAGCAGGAAGAAUGGUGAAGUAUAUAAAGGUUACAAUCACCCUCAGAAGGAUGAUUUCUCAGCUGUAAAGAAACAGAACGGCUGGGAGUUGCAGAUCCAGACAGUUAAACUCUCACAUUCAGCCACCUACUACUGUCAAUGUUAUUAUUACGUUUCCCACAGAACAAACAGGCACCACAUCUUUGGCUCUGGCACUAAACUGUUUGUAGAUGAGCAGGUAGUGAAGCCCGUGGUGAGCGUGUACCCAGCAGCAUCCAGAGCCCACCUGGAGGGGAAGAGCUCCCUGCUUUGUCUGGCCUCAGCCAUGUCUCCUCCUCUGGUCCAGUUCUCCUGGAAAAGACAGAAGAAGAACGGCCAGCUGGAGGAUCUGACCCCUGCUAAGUUUGAGCAGCUGGAGCUCAGAGAGCAGGGACGCAGCGCCUCCAUCCUGCUGCUCCAUCAGCAAGAGGACAGCACAUAUAAAUACCGUUGCUACGUCAAGCACGAGGGGGUCACAUUUGAGGCCCAAACAGAACAAGGUAAUGAAGGCUUGGUGACUACGCUGUCAGAGAGAGCAGAGGAGCAGAGCGCUAACAUUUGUUUCUCACUUUUUUCUGUUUCAGUGGUUUUUGCUCUUUCUCCAACUGUCCCGUCUCAGUCCCAGGUGCUGCUGUUCUGUGUGCUGUACACAGUGCUGAUAGUGAAGAGUCUGGUGUACUGCUGUGGACUCUCUCUGCUGAUGAUCCUCAGAAACAAGGGACCGUCCACCAACUGCACACAUGCUGACUGACUGUUUCCUGCUCGCCUUUUCUCACCAUCACAUCUCAUCAAUUCAUCUCAUUCAUCAC